AUGUUCCACAACAGCUUCCAAUCCGGAUUUCUAUCCAUUCUCUACAGCAUCGGCUCGCGGCCUCUGCAAAUAUGGGAUACCAACGUGCAGAACGGCCACGUCAAGCGCAUCACCGAUGAGGACAUCCAAAGCAGCGUUCUUGAGCUGAUGGGGAGCAAUGUCAGCACCUGCUAUAUCACCUGCCCUUCCGACGCCAAACAGACCCUCGGCAUCAAACUCCCAUUUCUGGUGAUGAUUAUCAAAAACAUGAAGAAAUACUUCUCCUUUGAGGUGACCAUUCUGGACGACAAGAACAUCCGCCGCCGGUUUCGCGCGAGCAAUUACCAAAGCGCGACGAAAGUCAAGCCCUUCAUCUGCACGAUGCCGAUGCGGCUGGAUGAGGGGUGGAAUCAAAUCCAGUUCAACCUCGCGGACUUCACCCGGCGGGCCUACGGGACGAACUACGUGGAGACGCUGCACGUCCAAGUCCACGCGAAUUGCCGGAUCCGCCGGCUUUACUUCAGCGAUCGCCUCUACGCCGAGGAGGAGCUCCCGCCGGAGUUUAAACUUUUCCUCCCGGUGAUGUCCGCGACGGCCGGGGGGGGGCCGCCGCCGCCGAGGUCGACCCCGAGGAGGAGCGAAAAGCCCCGGCGAAGGAGCCCGCGGGGCUCGCCUACAACAAUACGAAUCCGGCGUCGACAAUGGGGGCCGCCGCCCCCCCGCCAUCCGCCGCCGCGGAGUAGGAUUGCCCCUUCGAUAUCCAUUUAUAUAAAUAAAUAUAUCGAAAGCGAAGGAGAAAAAGAAGUCGGAAUCCGAUGGGAAAAGGAAAAAAAAAAUAAAAAGGGGAAAAAAAUCAAGAAAGAACCCCGAACCCCUUCCUCCGCCCUUUUAGGUUGUGGAUGGAUCUUUGGGAAGUGCUCUUGUAUCUCGGAAAAUAGAAUAAAUAAAUAA